UUUGGGAACAGAAAACUAUUGACAUCAAAUGUUUGAUCGAUGAGAGAAUUUGCAGAAUGUCAACCAAAAUCCAUUUCGUCCCAUAAUUUUUUGGCGGUAGCGGUACUGUACAACAUACCGGAAGUACGACAUAGCGGAAGUACCGCUAGGCACUCAUCCAGUGAAGGUUGCCAGUUCGGGUGAAGAGGGCAGAGCACGUGGAUAGGAGGAGAGAGAUUUACCAUGGCAGCAACUAUUAAUCAAGUGAGGUCGUCGCUUUCCAAAAUGUUUAAGAGUGAGCGGUACAGCCCCUUCACUCUGCAGUCAGACGGAGAGAGCCACGUGGAGGUGAAGCUGUCUGAUGACAUAGAUGUCCACGCCCCCUCUGAGCAGGCAGGCCAACCAGGGGGCUCGCCCUCCUACAGGCCCCGCCCCAAGCGGAACUACCACAACGUGUGUUACCUGGCCCUUGGAAUCCUCUUUAUCUUCAUCAUCGGUUAUCUGAUUGGCUAUGUGAGCCACCGUUCUCCUCUCCAGGAGCCAAUCCCUUGUGAUCCUGAGCAGGAAGAGGGCGUGGCUAAGGAGGCUGUAGUAGAAUACUCUCUAUCCUGGACCAACAUCAUCGGCCUGCUGGCACAGAGACUGACUCCUGAUGCCUUCAACAGCAGACUGAGUGGUGUUGAACAGACAGAUCACACAGCAGGGAGCCCUGGAGACAACAUUCUGGGAAAUCAUGUGUUGGACAGCUUUAAGAGUCUGGAGAUGGAGCCCUGGACUGACAUGCACUAUGUCCAACUACAGACGCCCAACAGUGAGAAGCCAAACCGUGUACUGAUUGGCCAAGAUGAGGUGUGCCAACCUAAGGGCUACCUGGCCUAUAGCGCCACAGGAAAAGCUAAGGGCAAGGCAGUGUAUGGUAACUAUGGGAGUCAGGAGGACUUGGCACUGCUACAGACUCUGAAGGUUGAGCUGAACGGCACCGUGAUUCUACUGAGAGCUUCAGGACAGAUCAGCCUGGCACAGCAGGUGGCUAAUGUAGCUGCAUUGGGAGUAUCUGCUGUGUUGAUUUACCCUGAACACAAGAAUCAAACUACUGAACUAUAUGGACAUGUCCAUCUAGGUUCUGGAGACCCCUAUACUCCAGGGUUCCCCUCCUUCAACCACACCCAGUUCCCUCCCACCCAGUCCUCUGGUCUGCCCAAUGUACUGGCCCAAAGCAUUACUGUUCAGGCUGCUGUCAAGAUACUAAAACGUAUAGGUGGGCCUGAUUGUCCUCCCAGUUUUAAAGGAAAUCUGGACAAUGUGAAGUGCACCCUGGGAGGGGCCAGUAGUGAGGAUGUCACAGUGGAGGUGAACAACAUGCUGCAGGACACCGAGAUCCACAACGUCUUUGGAGUCAUCAAGGGCUUCAUUGAGCCAGAUCGGUACGUGGUACUGGGGGCUCAGAGGGAUGCGUGGGGUCCAGGCUACGCUAAAGCCACUGUCGGGACCACACUGCUGCUGGAGCUGGCUAGAGCUGUGUCUGAGAUGGUGCACAUAGAUGGUUUCCGUCCCAGGAGGAGUCUGGUGUUUGCCAGUUGGAGUGCAGGAGAGUACGGCAGUGUUGGAGCUACAGAAUGGCUGGAGGGUUACCUCUCCUCUCUGGACAGAAGAGCUAUCACCUACAUCAGCCUGGACGGAGUAGUCACAGGAAAUUAUGCCGUCAACGCGUCUGCCAGCCCCUUGCUCUACAGCCUUCUGGAAAGAACCAUGAAGGAGGUGAAGAAUCCCAUUGGUUUUGGAGAGUCUGGGAAGUCUCUGUAUGAUCAGGUGUCUGGAGUCAACUUUGAGAGGGCAGUGUUUAAGCCCAUGCAGAUGGAAGACUCUGCAUAUCCGUUCCUGGCCUUCUCUGGAAUCCCCUCUCUCUCCUUCCGCUUCGUCUCUCAGGAGGUCUACCCUCACUACGGCACCUCUUUUGACAACAAGGAAUACCUUGGUUUCACCACCGCCCAUCACCUUGGUUCCAUAGCCACUGGGGCGGGAUUGGUCGCAGGUCAGCUGGCGUUACGACUGGUCCACGAUCACGUGCUGUGUCUGGACGUGCAACGCUACAGGAAGGUUCUCACCCAAUCGGUGGUCAACAUCAUCCAGCGCCUCAAACAAGUCACCCGGGAUGGUUCUGCCGAGGGUCUGUCAGCUCGUUGGCUCAUCAUGGCCUUAGGGUCCUACAGUAGAGCUGCUACUGACCUCAACACUGAGCUACUCAACACCGACCUCACUGACACACUGGCCUGCCACAACAUCAACGACCGCAUCAUGAGGGUGGAACACAACCUCCUGUCUCCGUAUGUCUCCCCCAAGGAGGUUCCGUUCCGCCACCUGCUGUUUGGCCGUGGUUCCCACACCCUGGCAGCCCUGUUGGAGGGGGAGGACAGGGAGGCGCUGCGGACCCAGCUGGCCCUGGCCACCUGGACGCUACAGGGUUGUGCCAACGCUCUCUCUGGAGACGUCUGGGACAGAGACAACCAGAUCUAACGCGGUCUAAGUGUGUGUGUGUGUGUGUGUGUGUGUGUGUCAGGGGGUUCAGCCUCAUCCUUGUUCACUUUAAAACCCAGGAUUAGAUAAUGAGGGAUUUGUCGGGGGAUUAUGUCAUAACGGAGACCAGGAAGUACUGUUUUCAAGUUGAUCCUUCCAGUGUCAGUCACUGGGUUGUCACUAUUAUCACAGCCACAAAGUCAAUUGUCCUGCAUAAUGUUAGCAGUGUGGUUAGGUUUAAAAUCAGAUGUUAAGAAGACAAAUUAUAGAAAUAGGUGGGGUUUAGCCGUAAUUACGGCCAUGUGACUGUAGUAACGAGUGAUGACCCAGUCACUGGACUUCCUGAAGAAUGUUGAGAUUGGUGACAUCACUGUCUGAUCCCUCUUCAUCUCACCCCCCCCCAAAACUAAAGCCUUGUUCACUACCACAGAGACGACCUCUAACCCCUUGGAGCCUAUUUAUAUUUUAUUUAUCAGUGGCAGAGACCACUAUAAAUGUUAUCAGUUUAAAGAUAUUGUUUAUAUUUAUGACGUUAUCGGAAGCAGUGCCUUCCAGAUGUAUGGCAGUUUCAUGUCGUUAGUUUGGGUUAAGAGUUUAUUUAUUUAUUUAUCAGUGCCAGUGCUCACUAUAAAUGUUUAAAUGUCGUUUCAUUUUUUAUAAAAGUUAUCGGGAGCUGUGCCUUCCAGACUUAUGACGGGUAGGCGUUUGUUUGGCUUUUGAUGAAUUUAUCGUUUAAUUUGAUAAAGUUAUCGGAAGCAGUGCCUUCCAUACUUAUGACGGUUAUACUGUCUCCUACUACGGCAGCAUCUGCUGAAGCAACAGAGUCACGUAAACACAGUCUGACCACCAUGACAGUUGGUUUAAAUGUUCAGUUUGCCUUGCCGUUUAAUAUUGAGACCGACACGGAACCGCUUUAAUACGGAUGAAACAUUCUGAAAACUGUCCAGAUGGUCAGACUUUCUCUGUAUACACAACUCUGUUAACAGAAAUACACCACCUGCUGCUACCACGCUACUAUGGAAACAGAAACCCGCAGCAACAGGGCAUCACCACGGAAACGUUGGGUACCCGACAGCGGCGGUUGUCAUGACUGUCACAUUUUGAUUGGCUGAAAUGCAUGCACUUAAAUUCAGAGUGUUGAAUUUGGCAUGUUUAUAAAUGUCUAGCUGCUUGGGCCACAUCUGAGAUGUCUCCCUGUUUUAUAUAUGGCCUUAAGACUGGUUGAAAGUAGUGAACUGAAUAGGGUGUCAUUUGAGAUGCAACAUGAAGGAAAACAGGCUGAAAUCUCAGCUCUCAGAGAUGAACUUGUUAAAGGAGCUUUAUGUAGGUUAUAUAGAGCUUUAUAUCCUGAAAUAAUAUCACUCAGACAGCGAAAGAGCUUUAUGUAGGUUAUAUAGAGCUUUAUAUCCUGAAAUAAUAUCACUCAGACAGCGAAAGAGCCAUUUCUGUUAACCAGUCUUAUUUUGGAGCGGUUUAUAUUUCUGAUCUCAACCAUUAUCGGGGGCAGUGUCUUCCAUAAUGACAAGCAUUGAUGGUAGUUUUUGCCUACCAGUGUGUGUUUUGUAUGUAUCGGGGGCAGUGACUCCCAUAUUUCACUGAAGGGUGGAGUAACUUAUCGGGAACAGUGUUUCCCAGAGUUUUAUAACUCUUUUUCUUUGUGUUCAGUCUUUCUGUGUGUGACCUGCUACUGCUCUUGUUCCCCUCUGAACUACUUGUAAUGGAUAGGGCCCACCUACCAGUGGAGGUUGCUGAGGGGGGCCGGCUCAUAAUAAUGGAGCGAAUGGAAUGGCAUCAAACGCAUAGAAACCAUGAGCCCGUCCUCCCCAAUUAAAGUCCCACCAACCUCCUGUGCGUCCUACGGCAUGUUACUGUAUUUUCCCUUAGAAAUGCAAAUCCCUACGACAGGUAUUCCCAUUCAGGCCAACAGGAUUCUAUUCCUGUGUAUUUUCCCAUGCAGUGAAUUAUCAGACAAACUCCUGUUGUAGCCGUCCACUAAAUAUUAUUCUUCUUUAGAUUAUUGAUCACACUGUCAAUCAGGUAACUAGUAACAUUUGUGUUAGACUUGUCAGUGCUAGUCUGAACUCAUACAUGUUCGUCUGACUUCUACUACUCACUUGGUGUGUGUUACAAUGCUGUAGAGGACAGAGUAUGGGUGCUUUUAGACGUUUUGGUACUAUUGAGUUAUAUUUUCCUGUUGUGCUUCAAUAAACCUUUUGGCUUAGCAUA